GGAGUUGGCGCCUCCGGCGGCAGCGGGCCGCCGGUUGAUACAUCCCGAUUCUGCGCGCAUUCUCGAGGGCUCGGCGGCCUCCAGGAAUUCGGCUGUUGCAGGUUGCUAUUCCAAAAUGGUUUGCAUGGCUGGACAUUUUAAAAUGGCUUCUGUGCUGAAGCUUGUGAUGAUGGAAAACCAUGCUACACCAGAUGAGGUGAUCAAUGAGAAGAGUGCUUCACAUAUCCUACACAAGCAACUUCUAGGUGCACAUGAACCAAAUUUACUUGAUGAGGAUGAUAUGCAUAUAUUUGGAUCAAAACCUAUGGCUGAUCCACUGGAUCUGGUCUGCUGCGAUACAUGCCAGAAGCCUGUUAAGGUCAGCCAGUAUGCACCUCAUGCAGAGAGGUGUAGCUCAAGGAUGGUAAACCCAAACGAUUCAAUGGGUGUAGAAGACAAUACUGACCCUAUGAAGCCUCCAAAGAAGGGCAGAAAAAUAAAGCUGAUAAGCAAUGGAAAUAAAAAGGUGUAUAUAAAAGUGAAAGCAAAGUCUCAAUCUGAAAAUAAGAACAAUGUCAAUGACUUCAAUUUGACCAAUGGAAACAUGAACAAGCCUUUAAGUUCUACUGCUGACCAAAGGUUGAAAGCUGCCAUCAGUUGCCCUGAAAGUCGCUUUCGAGAUGUGCCAGCUCCUCUUGCCACAAAAAUGUACCAUUCACAGGGCAACUACCGGCUUCGAUUCGAGCUUGGUCAGCUUUACCGUGAAUCAUGCACAGAGCAGUCACAGAACUAUGCAAGUGGCACAAGCUCGUCACAGGUUAACGGGUUGAUACCGUGUGAUCAUUCAGUAUUACAUGGUUCUGGUAAUUCAGUAACAGAUGGUGCUCCGAACAACUUUAAACCUAAAACAAAGCAUCUGGAUCAGCUUCCUGCAACCACAUCUGAAUUGUGCUCAGGAAUCCCUCAGCAAUUAUCAGCAAGCAGGCCAAGCCGUCUGCAGGCAACCCAAUCUCAAAGAGCGGAUACCCAAGUAUCUGCAGUUAGAAAUGAAUCUGCAAGAAGCAGAUCCAACAAAGCGGCAGUUCCGUCUUCAAAAAGCACAGGUAAAAAGAAGACGCAGCAGCAACUGUUACCUGAAAUCAGAUCCUCAUUAGAGUAAUCCAUUGAUUGGUAGUUCAUUGGUAUAGCGACUCCAUCGGUCAAAAGUAGUAUUGCAUUUUGUUCAUUUCAUAUAUGAAAAUUUUGCAUUAGUUGGAAUGACUUUCGGACCGAACGAUCUGAUUGCAAGGUCAUUUUGGUUCACUGACUCUUGGUUGAAGCUAACAACCACCUUGCAGUUCUACCCCUGGUGAUGCAACGAUGUGUAGAUAUCACAAUGCAAAGUUCUUAUGUUAUGGGCUCCCUUAGAACGAAUGACAUGAUGCAUGUUCCCUGUAGUAAAAUUAUAAUUUAACUGUUGCCA